UUGCUAUUUCAAGGGAUUAUUACAGCUGUAAAGUGUAAUCUCAUCAAAAGCCACCAGUUAAAGAAAACUCGUAUAGAUAGUCCUAAGAUUCUCUUAAGUGCUUAGAGAAUGACAUGCCCACCAUGGAGGAAGGACUCAUUCUUCAAUCGAACACACAUAUGUUAAGCACAGUGGGAGGAUAUAAAAAUAAGGGGGAGCAGCCUCUGGGAGUGACAGUGCUGACAAGAAGGCUCAGGGACCCAAAGGUGGUGGCAAUGCAGUAAAGGUUAGACACAUUCUAUGUGAAAAACACAGCAAAAUCAUGGAAGCCAUGGAAAAAUUAAAGUCUGGAAUGAGAUUCAAUGAAGUGGCCACACAAUAUAGUGAAGAUAAAGCCAGGCAAGGGGGUGACUUGGGCUGGAUGACAAGAGGGUCAAUGGUUGGACCAUUUCAAGAAGCAGCAUUUGCCUUGCCUGUAAGUGGGAUGGAUAAACCUGUGUUUACAGACCCACCAGUUAAGACAAAAUUUGGAUAUCAUAUUAUUAUGGUUGAAGGGAGAAAAUAAAAUCAUAUGAAAAA